UGAAGAGUAAACGGAAACUUUUAAUCAAAUGUGGAUUAACUUUUGACUUUCCUAGCUAUUCACUAACAUGAGUAAUUUGCCGUAAGGAGAUACCAGCAUGAGAUCGUUAACUCAGCUGCUGCUGAUUCUGACAGUACUAACCGGUUCCGGUCACGCUGGCUAUGUGGAGCUGGUACAACUUGCCGAGUCCAUUUACAAUACACCGGCGAUGAAUACAGCCGAGGCUAUACCCUAUCUGAGUACAGUACAGAACCUUCUCCAGGCGGACAUCGACUUAAGAGGAGAAUUUCUGGCAGAUUUUCUGAUUGAAGUGUCACAUAUAACAGACUUCAUCGUUUCCAAACUGGAAGAGCGGACGGAUAACCUGGAUUAUGACCUCGUGGAAAUAUGUAAUGGACUGGUUAAUAUAACGGAGCUACAGAUGCAAGGAAUCAGUCACGUGACUUGCCGUCCAGGUCAGACAGUCGGCUGUACCCUUAGUGCCAUAAAGGCCGUGCCACUUGUCAAUGCUACAGAAGAAUGUUUACUACGUAUCCUUCUACUGAUAGUCUCCUCUCCAGUCAUAUCGGAGGUAACAAUUUCCGGCUACAACCUGUCCGCCAUAGCAACGGAGCUGCCAUUGUACGCUGUGACAUCACGCCCAAGAAUAUGUAGCAUACUCAGUAUCCCGGCCCUAAACGAUGACGCUACGACAUUAAUGCCUCUCUCCAGCAACAUCUACAUUUUUGUUCUUUCAAGCCGAACAAACAUGUAUGCCUUCUUAGAUGAAGACACAGGCUUAAACGCAGGAACAGUACGAUCCUUCGCCAGGGACUACGAAGGAAGAAUGUUGGAAAUAUUUAAGGAGAUCAACCUUUUCAUCAAGGCAAUGUACAAUCCGACAAACAAGCCUUCAGGUGAAAACGAUCCGUCUAAAACUGAUCUCAAUGUGACGUCAGAUAUUCAGUCGGACACAGACGGCGGUGCGUUUACAAUCACACUGGCGACUCUGCAAAUGUGUACCACCUACAUACAGGACCAAACGGGCGGGAACUCCUACCACAUCCGAACACAAGGCACUGAUGAAGUGCUGGAGGACACCUCACCCAACACGACCGAUGUUACAUUUGGUUAUCAGACGCUGACUUUGGUGUUGUACCCGCCGAUUGAUCCUAUGGAAAUCAACGUUCUCUGCGAAUCUUGUAUGCAGAAAGCCGACAUCGUUUUUCUAGCAGAUUCGUCUGGGAGUGUUGGAGCCCUGAACUUUGUGAAAAUUUUAGUUUUCAUGACAACUCUCGUGAACCGCCUCGACAUAGGUCCUGAUCGUGUUAGAGUUGGACUCGUUACGUUUGGGUAUGGUACCCAGUUUCAGUUCCAUCUGGAUACGUACAAUACCUCUAGUAACAUAACGCAUGCCAUAGAUCAAGUUGUCUACGACCAGGGAAGCCAAACCCAAACACAUUUAGGACUCAUGUAUGUCAGACUCAAUAUGUUUACCCAGGAAAAGACCAGACCGGGAAUACAGAAACUACUUUUUGUCAUCACAGACGGCAAAUCUUCGGACACCAACGCCACUAUUCACGAGGCUGAUGCACUACGAGCGGCUGGAGUUGAGAUUGUAGCGGUCGCCAUAGGACUCAUAGAUCUAACUGAAGUCAACGCCAUUGCCGACGACCCGGACGAAUUCCACUCAUUUGCAACUGACAACUUUGAUGACCUUAAUUUCAUGUCCACUAAUGUCAUAGAUACGUUCUGUAAAGGUGCCUGGAAUAAUAUCUCAUCUCAGGGACAGUUCAAUCUGUUAUCUGGCUACUUAAUGGAUGAAUCGACCAUGACCUGGAAAAAAUCGCCUGCUUUACAGCUGAAAUCGAUGGAGGAAGAUGCAGCAGUUUUUAAGAGUAACUUUUUUGGAUCAUUUGGCUUUGACUUAUUUGGGGAUAGUCCCGAACUAAUACGCUUUGAUGAGGUGUUCACUAACUUCGACCAAAAAAUUGCUGACAAUCCCUACGUACUGGCAGCUAACUGCGCCCUCAUAGGAGCUCUGAUAGUCGGCAGUGUUAUCCUCAGGCGGUUCGACAAGAAAGACGAAAAUCAGUGGCAUUAUAAACCCUUGGACGACAAUCCAUACGAUUCGGACAAUAUAUAUUUUAUUUCCGUACACACUGGACUAUGGUCCUCGUCUGUGUUCAUGUCCACCCCGUACAUUAUCAUAGAGGGCACUUGUGGUACGACUGGUGUACGAGCCCUGAAGGCUGGACCAACACAGAACUUAUUUCGAUGGAAGUACUCUAAUUUUGCCAUGGAGACAGGCGAAACCCUGGGACCACUGCAGAGCGUUAAGAUCUGGCAUGACGACCAGUCGGCGAGCCUACAUAUUGAUAAAAUUCUCAUCGCCGACGGAUAUACUGGCAGAAGGUACGUAUUUCUAUGUGACCAAUGGCUAGCCUCGGACAGAUCUGAUGGUUGUCUUCACCGAACACUCUACCCGGCAGAAGACGAACUGCAUGAUGGCAAAACGCUCUUCGAAAGUGUCACCAGAUUCAACUUUUUUGAUGAGUAUCUGUGGUUGUCGCUAUUUGGGCGACCAUCGUUCAGCAGAUUUUCCCGAGUACAGCGAUUAUACUGUGUCAGUUCGUUAUUGUCGCUCUCCAUGUUAGGCAGCGCUAUGUGGUUCAACAGCGGAAGCGAUGAACCUUCCUACGGAGUAAAGCUAGGAUUCUUUGAAUUAAACUACAAACAAAUAUAUGUUGGAGUCAUGUCCUCGCUUAUAUCUUUCCCGCAGCUAUCAUCAUAACCAUGAUUUUCCGGAACAG